CUUUGGCCAAAAAUACUAUCCAUCCAUAAACUUAACGGUGAUUUGCGUUUUUACAAUUUAAAGGUUAAAAAAUCAUUGUAUGUAUACGAGCUUCAGGAAACAAGAAGUAUGAGGUAUUAGAUAGGCUAGGCAGAUCACUAUUCACGAUGUAUUUAUGACAUUUUCAACGAGGUGCCAUUUUCGUAAAUUCUAAAAUGGCUGGUAAUUUUUGGCAGAGUUCUCAUUGUAAUCAAUGGUUAUUGGAUAAACUUGUGAUUCUGAAAGAGCGACAAAAAGACCUGGAUAAAUUGACAGAAGAUGAAUACACAAAAGUGUUUAUAUUCUAUAAUGGAGUAAUCCAAGCAAUUGGAGAGACUUUAAAAGUACGUCAGCUAGUUAUUGCAACAGCUACACUGUAUUUUAAGAGAUUUUAUGCCAGAAACUCUUUGAAAUGUGUUGAUCCACUGUUGAUGGCUCCAACUUGUUUGUUUCUGGCAUCAAAAGUUGAGGAAUGGGGAGUACUCACCAAUGCCAGAUUAAUUGGAACUUGUCAGAGUAUUGUGAAAAACAAAUUUGCCUAUGCAUUUCAGAAUCCUGAAUUUAACUACAGAAUUCAACAUAUAUUGGAAUGUGAGUUCUACCUCUUAGAAUGUUUGGAUUGUUGCCUAGUGGUGUACCACCCUUAUCGGCCUUUGACCCAAUUUGUCGCAGACAUGGGCCAAGAAGAGCAGCUUCUUCCACUUGCAUGGAGAAUUGUUAAUGACAGUCUGCGAACCGAUGUGAGUUUGCUCUACCCACCAUUCCUGAUUGCAUUAGCCUCUCUUCACAUGGCUUGUGUUAUACUACAGAAGGACUCUAAGCAUUGGUUUGCUGAGCUUAGUGUAGACCUUGACAAGAUACUUGAAAUUACUCAAUAUAUUCUGAAGUUGUACGACUUGUGGAAGAAUUAUGUUGAAAAAGAUGAAAUUCAGGGUAUUUUGGGCAAGGUUCCUAAGCCACAACCUCAGCCACCUUCUCAGGGGGUUGCCCGUUCCUCCCCGGCAAACUUUAUGCGAUUGUCUUCUCAGCUGAACAAGUAGUAGGAGACAUAGAGAGAUUGCAAGAUUGAGGCGUGUAUUGCAGAGCUUUAUGCCAACAACACUUAAAUUAAAUGAGUAAUUUAAUUAAUAAAUCCAAAUAAACCAAAGAAUCUUCUCAAUUCGUUCUGUGGAUCCAACUAUUUCUUCCAUUUCUCUGCCGUACCUGGUGGUUAAUUGUUCAAAAAGAUCAAUAAAAUAUGAAUGAUGAAACAAAAUUUA